GGUCCUCCGGCACCCUUCUCCCCGCCCUGCCCUGGCCUCACAGCCCCGCCCCGCCCCGCGCCGGGCUCCGCCCCGCCCCGCGCCCCGCCCUCGGCAGGUUGAGGCCAGGCGUCCGGCAGCCGCGCGCACAGUGUCGCCGGCUCUUCCAACUGCCGCUGGGAGCACAGCAGCGGGACGCUCGCCAGCAAUCCAGUGCCGCAGCCGCGGCCUCCCAGGAGACGCCGCGCACAGUCCCGGAGCAGAUUCUGCGGUGAACUGUCGCCGCCCACCACCCUCUGGUUCUGCGCCAACCGGCUAGGACUGUGUGAGCCCUACAGAGGCGACCCGGGCCGACGCCCGGCCCCCCGGGCAGAAGCAAGGAGCCUUGGAGACUGCUGAAUGAAGGACUCGGACAUAAGGCGGCUGUGAAAUGUCUAGCAAUGUGACGUGUGAGAUAAAGGAUCCGAUCUAUAUUCAAGGAAUGGUUGACAGGCCAUCUGGAAGUGCCUAGGUUUUCCAGUAGGCCUCACUCCGUGGUUGUAAGCCCAGGCUACCAGCCCCUGGGCUCACAGAUGAUGUUUAGAGGAGAACUUUGGAAGCCUUCUGGAUCCUCUGCAGUCUCUGCUUUCCAGCCGUCUCUCAUCUGCUAGAGAUUUGCAUUCUGAAUUCCAUGAUUGGAACAUGGUGCUGAGGCUGCGGCAGCCCCUGAAGACAUGAAGUUUCUCCUUGCAGUAGAAGGAACUGGAUAAUGUAACUGCCUUUCCAGAAAGACCCACCGUGGCCCUGAGUUGAGCAAGAUCUCUCAGCCCCGGUCUCAUUUUAGAUCCACUUGAGAAGAAAGGAUGUGACAAUUCUUAUCUAAAAGGACAUUUUGGAAGUGUGGGAUACCAGUGAGGAAGCUCACCCUUUCCCCAGUCUGUGAAAUAAACGUUCUCAGAUUCCAAAAAUGCCAGCCAAGACCCCAAUUUACCUAAAAGCGGCUAACAACAAGAAGGGAAAGAAAUUUAAACUGAGGGACAUUCUGUCCCCUGAUAUGAUCAGUCCUCCUCUGGGGGACUUUCGUCACACAAUCCACAUCGGCAAAGAGGGCCACCAUGACGUCUUUGGAGAUAUUUCCUUUCUUCAAGGGAACUAUGAGCUUUUGCCUGGAAAUCAAGAGAAAGCACACUCCGGCCAGUUCCCGGGGCAUAGCGACUUCUUCCGGGCCAACAGCUCCUCGGACUCAAUGUUCACAGAAACACCCUCCCCGGUGCUCAAAAAUGCCAUCUCCCUCCCGACCAUUGGAGGCUCCCAGGCGCUCAUGCUGCCAUUACUGUCGCCAGUGACAUUUAAUUCCAAGCAAGAGUCCUUUGGGCGUCCUAAGUUGCCAAGGCUCAGCUGUGAGCCUGUCAUGGAAGAAGAGAAAGUUCAGGAGAAGAGUAGUCUGCUAGAGAAUGGGACAGUGCACCAGGGAGACACCUCAUGGGGCUCCAGUGGGUCUGCGUCUCAGUCCAGCCAGGGCAGGGACAGCCACUCCUCCAGCCUGUCAGAACAGUACUCCGACUGGCCCGCGGACGACAUGUUUGAGCAUCGAGCCUCCUGUGAGCUUGUGAAGUCAAAGACUAAAUCAGAAGAAUCCCUCUCCGACCUGAUGGGCUCCCUGCUCUCCCUGCAGUUGGAUCUUGGGCCCUCACUUUUGGAUGAAGUCCUGAAUGUCAUGGAUAAAAAUAAGUAACCAGGAGUCAGCUCUUUUUCUUGGGAGUAAGAGGUACCAAAAUAAGCAGAAAACAAAAAAUCAGCAAACCACAGCUGAUGGAAAGAGCUGCUCUGACUGUUUUUAUUUGCAGCCAUGUGAUGCAUUUUCUAAAAUAACGCUCCUGUUCCUACAAAAUAUUUUUUUAACCAUCAUGCCCUGUUUGCAAAAAUUUUGAAAACAAUAAUUUUUAAAAAUUAAAAAAAAAAAAACCCAAAAAACAAAAAACCUGUUCUGGCAAAAAAAAAAAAAAAAAAAAAAAAAGGAGGAAGUGAGUCAGAGCUCAUUUUCAGCAGGCAUUGCUGAUGCUCAAACAGGCUCCAUUUGUUUGGUUGGUUGAUUGUAGACGAGCAGAAAUCCAGGCUGUCUAGGAGAGCUGUGUCAUGGGUCUCUCCAAGGCGAUUUACGGCAUGCCUUGAAAAGGAAAUCAAACCUUACUUGGCACCUACGCCUUUUUUUCUAGACUCUUUUGUAUAUUGUAUCUUUUGGGUUCACUAUAGCGAAUUCUCCAGUGUUAAGAUUUUACUCUCUUUUCAUAUUCGAACAACCUUACAGGAUUUGGGAUUUUUUUCCUUGUGGUUCUUAUAUAUCCCUGUAUAUUAUUUCCAUGUUGCAAAAGUUUGACUGUCAGCUCCAUGUUGGUUAAAAACAAGCAAGGUAUUACUGUAACUAAGUUAUUUUUAAAGUUGAAAUAUAUUUUUAUGUGCCUUUGGCUUUUUAUUGCAAAGUCUACAUUUUAUACAUAAUACAUCAAGUGUUAUUUGUCUUGUUUCCAUUUGGGCUUCCUUGUAGGCUACGGAUGUGUAUUUGAAAACAAAAAAAACAAAAACAACACAACCCUAUGCAUUAUCAGCAUGCAUCCCCCCCCCCCACUCGUGUGAUACCAUCCUUCCAACAGGAGGCACAGGGCUAUGCUCCUGCAGAGACUGGAGGUGAGGUAGGUAUUUAAGGGCAGCUCAUGUCCACAUGACUUGGGUAUAUCAUGCCACACAAUAAAGAGUAAAUGCUAAA